AGUCAGUAAGCAUCCGCCUUUAUAAAUUUAUACCAGAUCUCCUAAAAUGAAAAAUCAAAGGAGACUGUAUCUGGCUCAUGCGAGCCCUAACGGUCUAGCACCAGAAACCCUCACCUAUACACACCUUAACCUCAGGAUCCCCAUCCUAGUGGCCCAAGGUAAACCCCUGACCCAGAGGGGACCUGGACUCCGCGGUCCAGCCAGUCCACCCUCUGACGUGGACAGUGCAACUGUCCUGCAAACUGUUCGGUUUUGCUUCUAACUUGCUCUUGAACUCUUUCCUGCAGAAAUCAAAAACCCUUCACCAGAGGAAGGGUCCGAACCACUCCCUGGUGACAUAAACACAACAGGAAACGACUUUCCCACCCUCGCUCGGAACCCUGGGGAGGGCAAAGACAGGAAGACCGCUACUUGGCCCCAGGAGAUGGGCAUCUGGAGGAGGGAGGGACUUCCGGUCUCGGCAGCCCGUAGGGAAACAGAAUAGGGCGCCGGGGAAAGGAAGGGGACCUGGGCGAGGUGAGGGCGGGAGUCCAGGAGCUGAAAAGUAAACACGGCAAAAGCCGAGGUUGGGGUGUAGGGAGGUACGAAAGUGUCGGUAACACCAGAAAGAACACACGAAAAGCGGAAGUGGGGGGAAAUGCAAGGGAACGGGAAAGGGUUGCGAGACAGCCAAAGAGGAAGAGAGGAAGUCACUGUCUGGAAGGCCUAGGGGUUGGCGCUUGCGUCUACGGUUUUGUCAUCUAAGAGUCCUAGGAUGUUGCAGUGGAAUGGACUGUAGCACCUCUGCAAGCGAAUCUCAGACGCAGCGGGUGUAGCCGGUUUUCUGCGAAGCCGCCGCGCGUGCCUAUCGCCCCCUGCUGGGCGCGGAGAAGCAGUACUGCAGCGCCGCCGACCAACGUGGCCAGGUGAAGGAGGGCUAGGAAAAAAGAAAUGGCAAAUAGUCUGCUGAAGACAUCUGUAAGGACAAAUUUGCUACAUCAAACAGGGUUGUCACUUUAUAGUAUAUCGCAUGGCUUCCAUGAAGAAGAAGUAAAAAAGAAACUUCAUCAGUUUCCUGGUGGAUCCGUUGACCUUCAGAAGGAAGACAAUGGCAUUGGCAUUCUUACUCUGAACAAUCCAAGUAAAAUGAAUGCCUUUUCAGGUGUUAUGAUGCUCCAACUUCUGGACAAAGUGAUAGAAUUGGAAAAUUGGACAGAGGGGAAAGGCCUCAUUGUCCGUGGGGCAAAGAAUACUUUCUCUUCAGGAUCUGACUUGAAUGCUGUGAAAGCAUUAGCAACUCCAGAGG